CCAAAACCUUGAACCUAUCUGGGGGGGUUCAUUCACUUCUUCCAACACCAUCUGAGUCUGGUGCUACAAGUUGUUAUCGCAAUAGUCGGCGCAUGGCCAGACCAAUCGAGAGCGGCUGAUUGGCUGUCGCUCUUAGACCCCUCGAUCCCGACAUGCAACACUGCCUCGCUCGCCAAGUGCUGCGGAGGGGUCGACUCGAUCCCCCACCAAGCCCCAAGCCUUGUCAGAAUGCCCUCGAGCAUCGCGCCCCGCAACCGCCUCAUCGACCGAGCGAUCUGGCGUCAGUCGGAGAAUAGUCACUUGCGCGUUUCUCCCAGCAAACUGAGCACCGUCUUGCCGAUUGAUUGGCCGCCGCGGCCAAUGCCUGUUUCCAAUGCGGCAGCCCCACGACAAUGACCUGAUCCAAGACUCGCGCCUGGACGUCACCGUCCUGCCCGGCGGCCGCGACACCAAACAGCUGUCAUGGGUCCCCGGCGACAGCGCAAACGAGCGACCGCAGACGAUCGAGGAAAUAUGGCGGCGCUCGCACCAGCUGGGCAGUGCAGCGGGCCGCCAAGUGUGGGUCGAGAAGUGCGUCGCUGGUCGCGUUGGCUUGCGCAGGGUGGUCAAGGAGAUCAAGAUAACACCGUUGGAUCGCUCUGGGGAUAUGAGCUAUCGCCAAGAGCUGUAUGCCAUGGCCAAGUUCUCACAGCCAAAGUACAUGCACUGCUUCGUCAAGUCGCUGGGGUGGUUCGAGACGGCAGGCCACCUGCACCUCGCCAUGGAGUAUAUGCCGCACGGUGAUCUCCAGAAGUGGCUGGUCGGGCCGUUUCCCGAACCCGAGGCCGCCAAGAUAACAUCGCAGGUGGUCGACGGGCUCGAUUUCAUGCACAGCAGCGGGUUCGCCCACCGCGACAUCAAGCCCGCCAACAUCCUUGUCGUGUCGCCGGCGCCUAAGUGGUGGGUGAAGAUUGCAGACUUUGGCAUCAGCAAGCGCAUUGAGGAGACGUCCGCCCUGCACACCAUGGGCAUCGGGACCAGCGGAUACAUGGCCCCCGAGAUCAUGGGCAUGUACCACCCAGACGACGACGACGACGAGCAGGACCUGCGCUAUGACCAGAAGGUGGACAUCUGGGCUAUGGGCGAGCUCGUCUUCAGGAUGAUGACCGCAAAGCCUUCGUUCGCCGACACAAGACAGCUGCGCAAGUACGUCGUCAAAGGGGGCGCUUUUCCGGUCGAGCUUCUGGAACAAGCCGCGGCGAGUGACGAUUGCCGAGAUUUUAUCUUGCGAGCUAUGGCCCCGUUGGCACGUCAGCGGAUGGCUUCUUCCGAGGCCAAAGAACACUCUUGGGUUGAGGCCUCUAAAGACGUUACAGGUCCUCUGUUCAAUAUUGUCAUCGACGAUAUCGAAACGGAAACGAUUGUGGCCAAACCUGCGCUAGAUGACACCCUUCCAUCGAAACAGUGGACAACCCUGUGUUCUCCAGAGCCUACUAGUGUGCCAGAGAAUACGCCUGGUGCGCAGUUACCGCCAGAAAACGAGGCUGGAAAGGCAGUUGAUCAAGUUGUUGCGUCAGGGCUGCUCGCUUGUCAAGACGCUGUCUUGGAGACGGGUCCGAAGCCAAUUAUCCGCGACAACAUCGACAAGGCAACCAAGCCCUUGGAUCUCCUCCAAAGCCAGGAAGAGAAGAUCCCCGCCCCUUCCACCGAGCUGGUUCUAUAUCGUGCAGCUUCCGCGCCUGAGCCGUCGAAUUCUAUCCAACACGGCGAAGAGUGGGAUCGGGUUCGUGAUGUAAAGAAUCAAGAGAUACCAGGGGAUGAAGGUUCACACGCCAUUGAGCCGACGCUAGAGACCGAAAAGCCAGUCUCGGAUUUCGAGUACCACCCUUUGCCUAAACCAACUCCACAGCCGCCUUCCUUGGAUCGAUCUGCCCAGGAUACCAGUACUACAAUGGUUGGGAGCGGAAGUUCGACACCCAACACAAGCACUGACGCGGCCCGUAGGGGGCGUCCCGUUUUUGCCCCUGACUAUAAUGGUCGGCCAGAGAACAGCUCUUCGAUCGGUGAAAGACGACGUUACACCGAAUCUCACAAAUCAUUGAAGUCCGCGCGCUUCACUAGGUCGAGUCGCGACCCAUCCGAAUCCUCUGAUAGUGAUGGACGUGAACGUUUACCCAGGCAAUUAAUAUCAACCGGCUCCGAAACACGGAAACUAAUAGCACGAGCUUCUGUCCCGGGCCUAAGUCACCGCGAUAGAUACCAGAUCGGUGGGAAACUGAUGGCGAUAUACCUGAAGCACGACCGAAAGGGACAGGCGGUCAACAGUGACGUCGUGGGUGCGCUUCGCAAGUUGGGAUACUGGGAAGAAGCGGAAGAGCGGGCGCACCACCAACGGUGGCUGCAGCAGGCCCAGGUGCGGCAUGAAGCAGUAACCGGUGAGAUGUGGAGGUUGUAUGCGAUCGCGCGUGAUGCCACAGACCCACGAGUGACAUAUUCCCGCGACCAGAAAAGUCACGAGCCCACGCCGAUUUCGGGCUGUCUCGUCAUUUGAAAUACCAAGAUGUGGCUAGACGAUUGUUUCAAUCGGGUUUCGAAUUUUAGUUCUUUUCGAUAACGUAUUUUAUAAGCGAGCGGCGAAUUUUCCCCGCGACGCGACCCUUCAUCUUUGAUCCUCAAUUCUACCACAACAAGCUAUGGUUACCCCUUCAAAAGAAGCUAGGGUAAUCCUAGCUCUCAAAUCAAUCCAAAAUAGUAAAAAACCCAAUGUUCUUUCCACAGCCAAUCUGUAUAAUGUUCCCGAAACAACACUUCGCUAUCGACGCGCCGGUCGGCCUUCACGACGCGAUAUUCCAGCCAAUUCGCAAAAACUCACAGAUCUGGAGGAGCAUACGAUUGUUCAGUAUAUAUCUGAGCUAUGUGCACGCGCAUUUCCCCCUCGGCUUUGCUUUGUGGAAGAUAUGGUCAAC